CUCCGGUUGGAGAGGCAUGAGCAUGAGGAGCGCGUGGUUAGUGUUAAUAUGGAGUCUAGUACGACGGGGGCUGCGGAGGUCAAGAAGAAGGAGGCUGAGGCGGAGAAGAAAAAGAAGAAGAAGGCGGAGGAUGAUGAUGAUGCUUUGUUUGUCGCGCAGGAUGAUGACGGUGGGGAGGAUGUUGAGGAGGAGGAUCAGAUCGUCAAGGAGGAGCCUACGGAUGAGGAGGAUCAGGUCAUGACUGACGUACCGCGUGCGGAUGAGGGCGCUACGAACGUCGAUGACGGCUUGCUCCCCGUGCAGAAGGUCAAGGUGCGCCGGAAGUUGAGCCCGUCUAAGUCGGUCUCGGAGUCCGCCGUCCCUAGCCCUGAGCCGGAGGUGGUCAUCGAUCCCAAGAGUUUGCUACGCACCAAGGAGGAUAUCGAGGAAUACGAGAGGCAUGAGCAGGAUCUGGAGAUCGUGAAGACCCUCUUCCAGAAGGAGCCCCGGCCUGAAGCUCCGGAGGCGUUGGCGGGUGCCGCGGAGGGUGCCGCGGAAGGAGAGGACAAAGAAGGCGACGAGGAGCAGCCCAAGGAAGCGGAGGAGGAGGAGGACAAGCUGGCUGGACAGCUGUUCCUCAUGCAAUUCCCUCCCUUGACUCCCAACCUGGUGCUGCCUGGUACUGAGACUACGGACUCUCACCCCACCACCACUACCGAGACCCCAGCCACCGAACAGCCGGUCAAGCGCGAAGACGAGAUGGAGAUCGUUGACGGCGACGAGGAUACGACGGCCGCGCAGGGCUCUGCCAAGGUCGUCACUGCUGCGGAUCCCGGCCUAUUGGCUGGCCGAGUCGGCAAGUUGAACGUCCACGCAUCGGGUCGGGUGACGAUGGACUGGGGUGGUAUCAGCUUCGAAUUGGAUCGCGCGACGGCGGUGGACUUUUCCCAGGAAGCCCUGAUCGUCUCCACGCCGCCGAACGCGGGCGACGAGGAGUUCCCGGAUGAUGAGAAGAAGGUCUGGGCGAUGGGCCAGCUCAGCGGCAAGUUCACGGUGACGCCGGACUGGGAGAAGAUGCUAUGAGUUUUGAGGCUGGG